AUGGCGAAUCCGUCGUGUCUGCGGGCCGCUGCCCGCAACCUCUCCUCCUCCCUCUUCCGCAACUCGACCAGUCGGUCUGCUCGCUUUGUACGACACCAUUCCUCCUCGCCCGCGUCCUCUGUCUCGGCAGAUGAGCUUUCGCAUUUCUCAGGACUCGCCAGCAGCUGGUGGGAUCCGAUGGGUCCGUCGCGGGUGCUGCACCUGAUGAAUCCUCUCCGGCACGACUUUAUCGCCGAGUGUCUGGCAGAGUCUUCCCCCGCGCCGCCGCGCCAAUUGUCGCCGGAAAAACAGAAUGGUUCAGAAGCGUCGUCGGAGGGACUGCGCUAUCUCGACGUGGGGUGCGGAGGAGGCAUUUUCGCAGAGUCCCUCGCGAGGACGAUACCGCUGAGCCGGUCGUCGUCGUCGUCUGUAUCGCCCACGAAUGCCGCGUCCAUCCUCGCAAUUGACCCGUCCUCCACCCUCAUUAAAAUUGCCCGCGAUCAUGCCCGCAUGGAUCCGGCCAUCUUCGAACAUAUGCGCUCGGGGCGCUUCCGGUAUGAGAACACGACCGUCGAGGCGCUGUCGGAGCAGUCUACGGAAGAUACGAGCAGUGCAUCAUCAUCAUCAUCUCCUGCUGCUGCUGCUGAUCGCACCUUUGAUGUCAUCACCCUCUUCGAAGUCAUCGAGCACGUCGACCCAAAGACCUCCCCGCUUACCUUCUUGAAACACUGUCUCCGACUGCUUCGCCCAGGGGGAUGGCUGAUCGGGUCCACGAUCGCGCGGACGGUUCCGUCGUACGUGGUCAACAAAGUCGUGGCCGAGGCGCCGUGGCCGAUCGGGGUGGUGCCGCGGGGCACGCACGAAUGGAGCAAGUUCGUCAACGCGGACGAGCUCCGCGGCUGGGUGGAGGAGGCGCUGAUGAGGGCCAAGGAUGGCACCGCACGGAGAGCAGGCAGCGAGGCGCUCCAGGGGAUGAAGUGGAAGUGUGCGGGUGUGGUCUACAUUCCGGGCUGGGGGUGGAAGAUGGUGAAGGGGGGGGAGGACUGGGGGAAUUAUUUCUGGGCUCUCAUUCAUGGUUCAUGCGCUCGGGCUGACAACUCCUUGGAAAAGAAUGUGGUUGUAACUAUCGAAGCCUGCAUUCGCUAUAUUGCCAUAGGCCCAUAA